AUGCCGAGCAGCUCGGACACGGCGCUGGGGGGAGGCGGGGGCUUGAGCUGGGCGGAGAAGAAGUUGGAGGAACGCCGCAAGCGGAGGCGAUUCCUGUCCCCUCAGCAGCCGCCGCUGCUGUUGCCGCUCCUGCAGCCGCAGCUCCUGCAACCGCCGCCGCCCCCGCCGCCUCUGCUCUUCCUGGCUGCUCCCGGCACGGCCGCCGCCGCAGCCGCCGCCGCCGCGGCCUCCUCCUCUUGCUUCAGCCCGGGCCCCCCUCUGGAGGUCAAGCGGCUGGCGAGAGGCAAGAGGCGCGCAGGAGGGCGGCAGAAGCGGCGCCGCGGGCCCCGCGCCGGGCAGGAGGCGGAGAAGCGUCGGGUCUUCUCGCUGCCCCAGCCGCAGCAGGACGGCGGUGGCGGUGCUAGUAGCGGCGGGGGUGUGACCCCGCUGGUGGAGUACGAGGAUGUGAGCUCCCAGUCCGAGCAGGGGCUGCUGCUGGGGGGAGCCAGCGCGGCAACGGCGGCGACGGCUGCCGGGGGAACGGGGGGCAGCGGCGGGAGUCCGGCCUCCUCCUCCGGCACCCAGCGGCGCGGGGAGGGGUCGGAGCGCAGGCCUCGCCGGGACCGCCGCAGCAGCAGCGGCCGCAGCAAGGAGCGCCACCGCGAACACCGGCGGCGGGACGGGCAGCGCGGCGGCGGCGAGGCCUCUAAGUCCCGCAGCCGCCACAGCCACAGCGGCGAGGAGCGGGCGGAGGCCGCCAAGAGCGGCAGCAGCAGCAGCAGCAGCGGCCGCCGGAAAAGCGCCUCGGCCACGUCCAGCAGCAGCAGCAGCCGUAAGGACCGAGACCCGAAGGCCCAUCGGAGCCGGACUAAGUCGUCCAAGGAGCCGCCUUCGGCCUACAAGGAGCCGCCCAAGGCCUACCGGGAGGACAAGACCGAGCCCAAGGCCUACAGGCGGCGGCAGCGGUCCCUGAGCCCACUGGGAGGCCGGGACGACAGUCCGGUGUCCCACAGGGCCUCGCAGAGCCUGAGGAGCCGCAAGUCCCCUAGCCCGGCGGGAGGUGGCAGCAGCCCCUAUUCCCGGCGGCUGCCCCGCUCCCCGAGCCCCUACAGCCGCCGCCGCUCCCCCAGCUACAGCCGUCACAGCUCCUACGAGCGGGGCGGCGACGUGUCCCCCAGCCCCUACAGCAGCAGCAGCUGGCGCCGCUCCCGGAGCCCCUACAGCCCUGUGAUCAGACGGUCUGCCAAAUCUCGAAGCAGAAGCCCAUAUUCAUCUAGGCAUUCAAGAUCUCGUAGCAGGCACAGACUGUCUAGAUCCAGAAGUCGUCAUUCUAGCAUUUCUCCUAGCACACUAACUCUGAAGAGUAGCCUGGCAGCUGAAUUGAACAAGAAUAAAAAAGCACGAGCUGCAGAGGCAGCACGAGCUGCAGAGGCAGCGAAAGCUGCAGAAGCAGCUAAGGCUGCCGAGGCUGCUGCCAAAGCUGCCAAAGCUUCAAACACUUCCACUCCUACCAAGGGGAACACAGAAACUGGUGCCAGUGCGUCACAGACCAACCACGUGAAGGAUGUGAAGAAACUUAAAACUGAGCAUGCACCUUCUCCCUCAAGCGGUGGAACUUUAAAAAAUGACAAGGCAAAGACAAAGCCACCUCUUCAGGUAGCAAAGGUGGACAAUAAUUUGAUAGUAGAUAAAGCUACCAAGAAAGCAGUUGUAGUUGGAAAGGAGAGUAAAUCUGCUGCUACAAAAGAGGAACCAGUAUCUCUUAAAGAGAAAACCAAACCACUUACACCAAGCAUAGGAGCCAAGGAGAAGGAACAACAUGUGGCUUUAGUGACCUCUACGUUACCACCGUUACCUUUGCCUCCCAUGCUGCCCGAAGAUAAAGAUGCUGAUAGCUUACGAGGAAAUAUUUCAGUAAAAGCGGUUAAAAAAGAAGUAGAAAAGAAACUACGAUGUCUACUUGCUGAUUUACCACUGCCCCCUGAGCUGCCAGGAGGAGAUGAUCUCUCAAAGAGUCCAGAGGAAAAGAAAACAACAACACAGUUACAUAGUAAAAGGAGGCCUAAAAUAUGUGGGCCUCGCUAUGGUGAAAUCAAAGAAAAAGAUAUUGACUGGGGAAAACGCUGCGUGGAUAAAUUUGAUAUCAUCGGAAUUAUUGGAGAAGGUACCUAUGGACAAGUUUACAAGGCCAGGGAUAAAGACACUGGAGAAAUGGUAGCCUUAAAAAAAGUACGUCUAGAUAAUGAGAAGGAAGGCUUUCCAAUCACAGCAAUUCGAGAAAUUAAAAUUCUCCGGCAGCUUACCCACCAGAGUAUUAUCAAUAUGAAGGAAAUAGUGACUGAUAAAGAAGAUGCUUUGGAUUUUAAGAAGGAUAAAGGUGCAUUUUAUCUGGUGUUUGAAUAUAUGGACCAUGACCUGAUGGGACUACUGGAAUCAGGCUUGGUUCAUUUUAAUGAAAAUCACAUAAAGUCAUUUAUGAGACAGCUCAUGGAAGGUCUGGAUUAUUGUCAUAAGAAGAACUUUUUGCAUAGAGAUAUUAAAUGUUCAAAUAUCCUUCUAAAUAAUAGAGGGCAGAUAAAGCUUGCAGAUUUUGGACUUGCUCGAUUGUAUAGCUCAGAAGAAAGUCGACCAUAUACUAACAAGGUCAUCACUUUAUGGUACCGUCCACCUGAGCUGCUGCUGGGAGAAGAAAGAUACACACCAGCUAUUGAUGUGUGGAGCUGUGGAUGUAUCCUUGGUGAGCUCUUCACUAAAAAGCCUAUAUUUCAAGCAAAUCAGGAACUUGCACAACUAGAAUUAAUAAGCCGUAUAUGUGGGAGUCCAUGCCCUGCAGUGUGGCCUGAUGUAAUCAAACUUCCAUAUUUCAACACCAUGAAACCAAAGAAGCAGUAUCGUCGAAAGUUAAGAGAAGAAUUUGUUUUUAUUCCUGCAGCCGCACUAGACUUAUUUGAUUACAUGCUCGCCUUGGAUCCUAGUAAGCGCUGCACUGCAGAGCAGGCUCUUCAGUGUGAGUUCCUGCGGGACGUGGAGCCCUCAAAAAUGCCUCCACCAGAGAGGUUUUUACACGCUGAGGCAAUGCACCAUAGUAAGAUGGCUGAGAGCCUUCCUUUAUGGCAAGAUUGUCAUGAGUUAUGGAGUAAAAAGCGAAGAAGACAGAAGCAGAUGGGCAUGACUGAUGAUGUUUCCACAGUCAAAGCCCCCAGAAAGGACCUGUCUCUGGGCAUGGACGACAGCAGAACCAGCACACCUCAGGGUGUGCUGCCGUCUGCACAGCUGAAAUCUCAGGGCAACUCGAAUGUAGCACCUGUGAAAACAGGCCCUGGACAGCAGUUAAGCUACAGUGAAUUGGCAAUUCUACUAAACCUACUACAAUCUAAAACAAGUGUUAAUAUGGCCGAUUUUGUUCAAGUGUUGAACAUUAAGGUAAACUCUGAGACUCAACAGCAGCUAAAUAAAAUAAACCUUCCUGCUGGAAUUUUGGCAACAGGUGAAAAACAGACAGAUCCAUCAACACCACAGCAGGAGUCUUCGAAACCGCUGGGAGGAAUUCAGCCCUCUUCUCAGAACGUCCCGCCUAAAGUGGAGACGGACGCCACCCAGGCAGCCGUGCAGAGCGCGUUUGCGGUUCUGUUGACUCAGUUAAUAAAGGCCCAGCACUCAAAGCAGAAGGACAUGCUGCUCGAAGAGAGGGAGAACGGAUCGGGACAUGAAGUGUCACUGCAGCUCAGGCCACCCCCGGAACCGGGCACUCCGGGAGCGGGGCAAGAUGACCUCAUUCAGCACCAGGAUAUGAGGAGACUGGAGCUCACGCCAGAGCCAGACCGGCCUCGCAUUCUGCCUCCUGAUCAGCGGCCUCCUGAACCCCCCGAACCCCCACCAGUCACGGAAGAGGAUCUGGAUUAUCGGACAGAAAACCAGCACGGACCCACCACUGGUUCUUCAUUAACUGACCCUCAUGCCGGGGUGAAAGCAGCCCUGUUACAGCUACUUGCCCAGCAUCAGCCCCAGGACGACCCCAAAAGAGAAGGUGGUGUUGAUUACCAAGCAGGAGACACUUACGUACCCACUUCAGACUACAAGGACAAUUUUGGAUCCUCUUCUUUCUCUUCUGCUCCGUACGUUAGCAGUGACGGUCUCGGGGGCGGCUCCGCUCCACCGUUGGAACGACGCAGCUUCAUUGGGAACUCAGAUAUCCAGCCUUUGGAUAACUACAGUACUCCUUCAUCUCAUUCUGGUGGUCCACCUCAGCCUUCUGCCUUUUCCGAGUCAUUUCCCAGUUCGGUAGCUGGAUAUGGAGACAUUUACCUCAAUGCUGGUCCCAUGUUGUUCAGUGGAGACAAGGACCAUAGAUUUGAAUAUAGCCAUGGCCCCAUCGCAGUCCUGGCAAACAGCAGUGACCCUUCCACAGGGCCAGAGAGUACUCAUCCUUUGCCAGCAAAGAUACACAACUAUAACUAUGGUGGUAACUUACAGGAAACCCCGGGCGGCCCUGGCCUCAUGCAUGGACAGACCUGGACUUCUCCUGCCCAGGGACCUGGAUAUUCACAAGGAUACAGGGGACACAUUAGCACAUCAGCUGGCAGAGGGCGAGGCAGAGGGUUACCAUACUGAGUAUCUGUUUUUCCUCAGGCACAUCAUUUUUAUCUGGAAAGACUUUUCUAGCUGCAGUUUAAGGCAGCAAUCCAAGAGACUUGAAUAAUAUUAAUUCAACAACAGCUUUAUUUUUAUGUGGAAAAGGGUCUUGCAUACAAUAGUUUAAAAGAAAAAGACAAAAAAAACCUUUGCUUAAAUUCAUGCUGUUCUACAAACUAGAUCUAUUGAUUGUACAUCUUCACAAAUUCUAGUUAACAAUUUUAUUUUGUAUUCUUGCAGUUUUAAGUGGAUGCUAAUCUUAGGGACAUAAAGGUCUUUUAUGGCCCUCUUGCAGAUCUUCUGAACUAUGCACAUUUGUGCUUUUUUUUGUAAGUUUGGACCAACUUUUAUGUAACAAACAACUGACCCCCCCACCCACCCCCGCCCCAGUUUUACAACAAUCAGAAAGGGCACUGAUUUAUUUGGUAUUUUUCUUUUUACAAAGCUACCUUUAGUCAAAGGUCACUGUCAGUCUUUGCACCUGCUUUCAGUGUUAUUGUGAAAGGUGUACUUUGUGCUCAUUUCAGAAAAUAAAACACAACCUUUCUCUUGAUGCAGCAGUUUUAUAAAAAAAAAAGAUGGUCAACGUUAUUUUUGGGUUUUUUUUUUGCAGAUUAUCAUAGCCUAGCAAAAUGCAUUCAAACGAAAUAGUGGGUUUUAUAUGAAAAAUAUGGGUGGGGUGGGGAGGGUAAGUAAGUGCCUUAACAGGUAAGCUUAAGGUCUGAAGAAGUAGUUAACCUUUACACCCAUUUAUCUCUAAAGGGAAUCAGUGCAUUGUAGUGAAGAGGCAGGGCGCUCUCAGAGUGUUGAGGGGCUGCCUGUUCAGCUCAGUUCCUGUUAGAUCCAUCUCCCCGUCUGUCACCCUUUUCUCCUUUCUUUGGGCUGUGUCACCUUCCACUGCCACCUUCUCUUGAUAGGAGCGUGAGAGCAGAGAAAGGGAGUCCAACUGCAGUCAGCACCUUUUGUUACUUCCGAGAAGUUCUAAAAAGCUUUGUCACUUAAAUGAUUGAAAGCAGCAGCUAAGUGAGAACUUCAGGGUACUGUCUUCUUUCAGGCUGCCGUAUUGUCCCCGUUUCCUUUUGCCAUGGGUAAUUGGAGGGCAGGAGCCUAGAAGCAAAGCUUAAUAACUGAAUUUGCAUAGUUCUCUUAAAGUUCAUGGGGGGAGGGGUGGCAAACACCAUUUUUUAAGUUAAUGCAGUUACCAUCUUAAGACAAAGUUAACUCUGUUCACUUUGUUAACUAGAAACAUUGCCUGGAUUGAAUUUAUUGAAGCAAAAAGAAAAAGUAGCGCAAGAAAACCUCUUACGUUCCCUCCUCUCAUUUUCUGUGAGAUUGAUUAUGACUUCUGCGAGACCUAGAGUAAAUUUAUUUUAGUUGAUUUUAACUUUUGUUUUCUAUUAAAAGCAACAAAGAUUGAUGGACUAACCCUAUUUAAACUGUAGUUACGUCAAGUCUAACUAACGUUCUGUGCACACUCAAACACACAUACACUUAUAAUAAUUUAGAAAGGAACCAAAGGUAAAUAACCAGUGUUUCCAUUAGCACUAAAAGGCAAAAUAGACUCUGGAAAUGAGAGUUGUGCCAAUUAACCAUCUUGUUUUAACUGUUCUCCUGGUAACUUAUUAUUUAAUUGGAACAACUAUUAUCGAAUGGAAGUUUCUCCAGUUCUAAAGUCAGUCUUUUAACCCUGUGCCCUCUGACUUGUGAACCUUCAUUUCAUAACAGUAUAUGGGAAGCAUUGUAGUUUGGUGACAGUAAGAAUAUUUUAAAGUAAAUAAUUUACAUUUUACUGCUAUAAAAUGAGUUGAUGUCAGUUGACCAUUUUAUCUUUCGAUGGAAUUUUUUUUGUUAUUGGGGAAAAAAAUGAAUGGAAGAAAAAAUUAUUUUGCUUUUAUUUGAAUGUUGAGUACUAACAACUUACAAUAAACUACAUUGCAGGAAGUGAAGAAAUAUUUUGAAAUUUAGCAAAAUAGCUACAGUAUUCCAGUAUCUGAAAUUUUAAUAUGGUGAGUCCUAGAGCUUUAGACUUUCCUAUAAGUGACAGUUAUCUAAGUUAUUCUUAAUAGUCACACUUGAUAAUUCUGCUGACCAUAGCAGCUAACCUAAAAUUGAAGAUAUUUAUGUGACAUGAAUAGCCUGUGUUUUAAAAAUUAAAUAUUUUAUAUAAAAUUGAACUGUGUUUGGAUAGUUUUUCCUAACAUUUCAGUUAUAUAUUUAUGUUGGAAGAGUGGCUGGGAGGACAAGGAAAUUGUUGCUUGAAAUUGAUAAUUUAAACUACAGAUGUUAAUAUUAUUACCCUAAGACAGCACUGAUUGUGAGAUGUAGCAGUAUUUUGUACACUAGUUAGGAAAAACGUUGCCACAGUUAAACCACAACGCGAUGCUAAGAUGCAUCCAUUGUAAUUGAUCUUUCCAAAUUCAGAGAUGUUAUUAUAUGAAAGAAUGUUUCUUAAAAUCGAUGAAAUGUGGUAGUAAAAAUCUCAAUGCAUCCUUCCAUACCAUUCAUUUAAUACUUAAGUAAAUUUGGGUUAAUAAAAAGAGCAGGGUUAGGAUAGCACUAAUUCUGUAUGUUACAAUAACUGCAGUAAGCACUGAAUAUUCUUGAGUGAAAUUUAAGGAACAGAAGAUACUACUUAAGUUUUUGGGGAAGAAACAGGUAAGUCAGAUUACAAAUGAGAAGAUGAAAAUAGAAAAGACUGGCCUACCAAAAUAAUAAAAUAUUUAUUUAUUCUCUCCCAUGUGAAAUUCCCUUUUGUAUUUUCUGACACAGCAGGUUUUUCUGCAUGUAACUCAGUAUGCUCCUCAAGUCUUCAGUCCACUGUUUGUUGGAGAGUUGCAGUCACCCGUGAAGUUUUAAAAGAGUCUUUUAAAACUUGAAGGAUUUAUUGAUUACAAUAGUUUGUGAAUGUGAAAGUAAGGUAAUGCUUUAGCUGUGAUGCAGAUCUUCACUCCGUCAGUUAGAAAUAUUCAGUGCCUGCCACGUGCCAGGGGCUAGCACCUGGGAUACAUCAACCAACACGAAGGCACUAAAUCAUGCUUCUGGUAGGCUGACGGUGCGCAAGAAGAUUUAAAAAGUGGAGAAGCUAGUAGUAUUUGCUACUCUUCAGCUGUAUUUAAAUUAUACUUCUGUGAAUGUAAGACAUGAAAAUGUGUCUUUGUAAAAUUUUAAAGUCAAAUUUGAAAUAGAGAAAGUUGAAAGAAGUAGAACUGGAAACCCAAUGAUGAGAAUAAAAUUUUAAGUUGAAUCUGGCCAGUGUGCAGCAGGCCAAUUUGUAGGAAAUAGCAAGAUUCUUGAGAAAAAUGGAAGCCAAAUGGGUUUUAAAUGCUUCCAGACUAAUUUUACUGGUAAUUCUGAGUUAAAGUUUUGCUGUAUUUCCUGUGAGCUUAAUCCAACUUCAGGUGAUUUUUCAUGCUAGGGCUUUUUAUUUUUUAAAGUAAAGCUGAAGUAUGAAAUUUGAAUAAAGAUCUACUGAUUACCUGGACUGAUUUUGACAUUUCAAAAGUCUGAACAGGAUGUCCCAAUAACCUAAAAUCAUCUGGUCCGUCUCUAAACUUCACAGCUAGGAAAAAUGAGAUUUAGAUGGAUUACCAGUGUUGUUCUUCUAAGCCAUAUCAAUUCUAUAGUAAAUACUUUUUAAUGAGAAUGUUUACUGUUAAAAUUUUUACCAGUGUUAUAGUAAAAUAAAAUAAUUAAAUUUAGAAUACAGAACAACUAGUGUAACACAGAUGGCUUUAAAAAGUCAAUUUUAAAAAGGCUUCAGGAAAAAAUAGGAAAAUAAAAUUUUAGAAAAAAUUAGGAACUAUGGAUAGUCUUUAAGGAGGUUCCUCAUUUUCAAUUUUAAGACAAUAGUUAUUUAGCCAACAAUUAGAUAAUAAGACUGAAUUUUUCAUUUAAACUUACUUUCUACUUGUAGGAGAAAGAUCAUUAUCAGCAGGCCUGCAAACAUUGCCUUUGAAUUCUAAGAUUUUAUAAUUUCAAGCAGUUUUAUGAGGGGAGCAAUGGCUUGUCAUUUACCAAAGGCCUUUCCAGAUAAUUUAUAAAACUGUUUCUAGUGUAAUUAAAAAUAAAAGCUAUUAAGAGAAAAUAAAGCUAUCAAGGGGUCCAGUUGAAGAUGGGGAAAACAAAAUUUUGAUAUAUUGGAAAAGAUCUUGCCCUUUGAAUUAUAUAGACUAACAUUUUGUGUGUCUUAUUUCUUUCACCAUAUCAAAUGUCCCAUUAAAAAAAUUUUCCAAUUGAAAAUGCCACAUUGAAAAUGAGGCUCUGUAGUGAAUCACUCUUUAAAUUUUUUUUCAGUUAAUUUGUUGUAAAGGUGUACUUUUUUGCAAGAACUUUUAGUAAAGUCUCGUAAUUGCUAACUAAUGUGUUUAAUAUAAGCCAUUUGUUUGACAAAAGAAAAAAAGGCUGUAUUUGAUAGUCUGUAAAUAAACUGCCCUAAGAAUUCCAGGCUA